AUGGAAGAGCCAACCCCAAUGCCUGUGCAUGUCGAUGUGGACAAAGGAUUGACUUUGGCCUGUUUUGUCUUCCUUUGCCUCUUCCUCAUUUUAAUGAUUAUUCGCUGUGCCAAAGUCAUCGUGGACCCCUACAGUGCUAUCCCCACAUCAACCUGGGAAGAACAGCAUCUGGAUGACUGA